AUGCUUGCUUGGCCAAGGACACGAGAGGGUAAAAAGAGAGUGACCCAGCCGCCCCGCAACCGCCAUUGGGCAGAAACCCUCGACGCCGAUGCGGGGCUCGAUCCGAUUGGGAGCAACUGGGAGUCGGACGGCCAGAUCAUUGGCCGUCUCAGCCGUUGCCGUUGCUUUUGGCUGCUGGCCAGCCUCCUGUCUCCGACCCCUCUCAACCUCGACAGCGGCAGCGCCCCGCACCCCUCACGGUCUGCUCUGGCGGCCCCGAUACCCACCUUGUUCCAACUUUCGUGGAAGUCGUCGUUGUCGGCGGGGUUUCUCCCCGAUGCUUGCCGUUCGACACACAUCACUGGUCCCCCCGGCAUCGACAGUGCGAGAUCUCAACAGCAGCAAGCAACACGUCUCCCGCAGCCGUCCAGUGAUGGCAAACACAGCAGCGAUUGCCAAACAAGACCGCAGAAACACUUCGGCUUUGCUAAUCCCAGGGCAGCCAUUGAGCAGCAGGCGUCGAGCAACACAGGCAUCGGCAGGCGGCAGCGCCACGAGUACCCAUUCGUAUUGAAGUGCAGAAUGGCAGCCACGGAAGGCAUUGAGGCCCAACUGAAGAAUUUGCACAGAUGGCAACACCUCAGCAAGCCCUGCCAACGCACGCCCGCAACGCCAGCCGCAGCUUCCCCGCGCGGUGCGACCAUGAGAUAUACAUAUCUGGCCCUCGACCUCGACCUUAACCUAAACCCCAGCCUCACGGUUGACGCCGUAGCCCUCCUCGCCCUCACCUUCAUCGCUGCCCUAGUCUUCAUCUACGGCCUGAUUGCCAUGGCGAGGAAAAGGAAGUCUGCUGCCUCCAAGGCGGCACAGUCGACCACCUCCGGCUCGUCGGCAGCCUCGAAGGGUGGUGCUGUGGGCCAGGGCAAGCCAGCCGCCGCUGUUACUGCCCAGCAGGAGGUAGACACGAGGCCCGAGUCUUCCCCUUACGGCAGCCCGGCCUGCACCAUCCCCUUCGCCAGCCCGCUGACGGUGCCGCUUGACAUCCUCAAGAAGAGUCCGAAACUUCUGGCUGCCUAUGAGAGUCACCUGCCCGAGCUCGCCGCGGUCCCCGAGGACGUGGCACAUGUCCUGGUGCACUACCUGUACACGGGCACCUACCAGUCGCUGCGGCCGAGACCGACCGACAUCAUGCCCAGCCAGAUCUGCGAGCUCAAGACGAGCAUCCAGGUCUACGCUGCAGCCCGUGUCUACGAUCUCCCCGAGUUGAUGCGCCUGGCCGAGGCCAGGAUCGACAAGUUCGGCGAGGGCUUGUCGCUGCCCGCCCUGCUUGAAGUCGCCCGGGACGCGUACCCGACCCUGCCCGAAGGGGACGAGUGGUUUCUCGACUAUCUUCGGUCGCGAAUUCGCCCCUACCUUAAGGAUCCUAAGUCGUUGCUCGGGUCUAACCUUUUGGACCAGAUCAGCGGCAUCCUCUCCCCCCAUAAAGUGCUUCUGAGGACCGUCCUGGAGCUCUUUUGCGAGAGACUUGCCCUCCGCCCCGACCACGCCGCCGCCCCUUCGCCGAUCACGAGCCACGUCAUCAACGCCGCCAGCAGCCCUGCGAGCAACCCCAACAACCCCAAUCUCUCCCGGGCCGUCUCCCCCGCCCCCCUGCCCCCCGUGUCCCCCAUGUCGCUCCUGGAGAUGAAGUCGAAAGCCGUCUCACUCGAGGAUACCGCACUCGUCCGGAAGCGAGCCCCCACAAUGGAGGCACCAUCUGCCGAGAUGACGACAGUCUCCUCGUCUCAGGAAACCUCCGCCGAGCCAGCCGCUCCUGAGCUGGCCGCUUCCGAGAAGACCUCACGCACCUCCAAGUCCAAAUCUCCCAAGUCAGCUAUCAUCGCUGAAUCGGCUGUUGAGGUGCCCGAGCCAACUCGCGCCAACCCAGCUGACUCCUCGGAGUCGUCCCUUGCUCCGGAGCAGGCUCUUCUGCCUUCUGCCGAGCAAAGAGAGCCUCAACCGACUGUCCCUGAGGUUAUGGCUCUGCAGGUCCCCGAGCAAGCUGCUGCUCAGCCUGCCGUCUCAGAGAUCCCUGACAAGACCACUACUGAGUCAAAUGCUUCGGAAAUGGCAAUCCCCCCCAUGCCCGAGUCGAAUCCUAAGCACGAGAUCUUUGCCGACAUUGGCCCCGUCAUACUCGACGUGCUAUCUGCUCCUGUCGCUCCCGUUGCUCCCAUGGAGGUCGAGCCCAUCGCCCAACCUGUUGGUGAGAAUGGCAAGUCUACGACAGAGCCAGCGCCUAAGGCGGAUGCCGAGUUUGAAGCCAAGCCGGCUGUUAAGCUCUCUGACUCGAAGCCCGAGGCCACAGAUGACAACGUCCCUCGCAGGGAACGCAAGGACUCUGGCAAGGACAUCGACCUGGAGCCCCUGCCCAAGGACGCCAGUUCGGCUGCUGUUACCGUUUCCGAGCUCCAGUUCACUCCAGCCUCUGUCAUGCAGGCUCAGCCGUCUGCCCUGCGCGAGGCUGACUCUGGUUUCUGGGAGAUCCCCCCUGAGGCCGAACCUGCCAAGGAUGCCAUUUCCACGACCGCGGAAUUUGACACAACCCCGACUCCUGCCACCGUUGAGCCGGUCCGUGCUCCUGCUCAGGUGGUCGACUCCUCGGAAAAGCAGAAAGAGCCCGUCAUUAACGCUGGCGAUUCCACCGCCACUCAAGCCAAGAACGAGGAUGUCAGCCAGAAGGAGGAGGCAAAGCCCGACGUCGCCGAACUCCAGUCCCUCAAGGAGACCGAGUUGGCACCACUGCCCGAGACCUCCGAGCCGGCUGUCGAGACUUCUGUCAAGGCCAAGCCCAAGGCCGAUUCAGAAAUUAAAUCCGAGACAAAGUCGGAGGUCAAGGCCAUUGCCCCCUCGCCCGAGGAAGUCGCCAAGAAGCUCGCCGAUACAGUCGAGUCUGAGGUCGUUGCCGGGAGCUCCUCCUCCUCCUCCUCUUCCAAUGAAGAGUUCGAGAAGACGCAGGCUAAAGGCAAGGAAGUUGAGUUGCCGUUGAAGACAGAGAAGGUAGAGCCCUUCCCGAGUUAUCGAGAACAGGAGUCUGAGCUAACCAUGCAACAGACUCCCAUUGUCGAGAAGGAGACCAUCGAACCUAACUCAAUGGCGAAACCCGAGUCGCAGCCCGAGACGGAGCCGUCGGUCGUUCCCAGCCUUCCCGACAAUGAUCAGUCCGCUGGGCCCGCUGACGCCAAGGAGGCUCAGCCCAGCAUCGAGCCACAGAAGGAGUCCACUGGGAAGCCCAAGGUUUCGGUCGACAGCCAUGACACCACCAUCCAGCCGGCCGCUGUCGCCAGCGUCCACAACAGCAGCUCUGGUAUCCAGCCCGCAGCCCCGACGGUUCUCCCUGCGAAGCCUGCGCCGGAGCAAGCGACUGCCAAGGACAGCGGUGCGGCAUCCGUCCAGCCCUGCAGCGCUACUGUGAGGCAGCGGAGCUGGAAGAAGCGUUUCCUCAGCCUUCGCUAUCCCGCCGGCGUGCUUUUUGGUGGCCGAGGCAUGUGA